AUGAUCAGGAUGAAUCAAUACGGACAAGAGGAAGAUUUGUAUAGCUUUGGAGAUGGCAUGGAUGAGGAUAUACAAGGAGCGUUUGGUAAUGCCUUUUCAAAUUAUGGAUAUAAUUCUACAGAGACGUUGCUCAAUGAUUUCGGAGACUCCAUGAGUACCGCUCCAGGAUAUCCAGCGACGAGAGGUGGACCCAUGAGACCAUUGCAAUCGGGAAAUCCUUGGGGAGGUAUUCCAGGUACUGCUUCGAGAGGUCCUUUUGUUGGGACUGCCUCGGCAAUGCUUGCUGGAGAAGAAAUACAACAAAGACCAAUGACUUCAAUUAAUGCGGCUGGAUUCUCAUCGAAGAAGAAAGACCCUCUCUCGGAAAACUUUGUUGGAGGCAGAGGACGAGCUCCUCCUCUUCAAAAGAAGAGUGAAAAUAGUGAUGCAUACAUGGCUGCUGAAAUGGAGUUAAACGUACAUAAAGCAAUCGAGGAAAGUGCAAUGUUGUGUCACACCAAAGACUUUGCCAUGGCAUUGGACAAAGCAAAAGAGGCUGAAAAGAGAGAAAAGGCCUUGCUGCGUUUCAAGCAAGAGAAGCAAUUAAAUCAGGAUCCAAACCAUGAGCUGUCAUAUGCAGUACAAUUUAACUUGGCAAGAGCCUAUCAAUUGAAUGGCAUGUAUACGGAAGCUCUUGAUACCUAUGAUGCCAUUGUGCGGAAUAAGGAAUUUGAGCAUGCUGGAAGACUUCGAGUGAAUAUUGGGAACAUAUUUUUCGAGAAGGGAGACUAUCCACUUGCAAUUAAAAUGUAUAGAAUGGCUCUGGACCAAAUUACCAACGAAUACAAAACAAUUCGAAACAAAAUCAGGAAAAAUAUUGGGGUGGCCCUUAUUAAAAUUGGCCAAUAUUCAGAUGCCAUUGCCAAUUUUGAAGAAGUGAUUGAGAAUAAUAAUAAUGACAUAGACGCAGCGUUCAAUCUGGUAGUGUGUCAUUAUAGUACAGGUAACAAAAAAGAAAUGAGAAAGGCAUUCCUAAGGUUGUUGAACGUAAAUAUUCCCGGUCUACCAGCUGAUGAAGAUUUGGAUGAUGAACACAAUUCUCUUAUGAAUGAUGGUUUGAGAGACUAUUUAAAGGAUUAUCAACGAAAACAAUAUGAUUUCAUUUUGAAGAGUGCUAAACUCAUCGCAGAACUCAUUGAAGAUGAUUGGGAGAAGGGUUAUGACUUUGUGAUUGAACAAUUGAAAUCUUAUGAAUUGAAGAGAGAAAAAUGUAAUAUUGUGAGCGAAGUGGAAAUGACCAAAGCAUUAACUUACAUGAAACAUAAGCAAUUCCAAAAAGCAAUUGAGGCUCUCAAACAAUUUGAAAAGAAGGAUAGAAAACUUCAAGCCCGCUCUGCAACCAAUCUUUCAUUCCUGUAUCUCUUGGAGGGUGAUAUGAAAAAUGCUGAAAAAUAUGCAAAUAUUGCAGUAGAAUCAGACAAGUAUAAUGCGAACGCCCUAGUGAAUAGAGGUAAUUGCCACUAUCUUAAUAAGGAAUACAGAGAGGCUAAAGAAAUGUAUCAAAGAGCUCUCGAGUGCGAAUCAGACUGUGUCCAAGCAAUUUACAAUCUCGGUCUUGUAACAAGAGAGUUGAGAGAGUACGAAGAAGCAUUGGUCUGUUUUAGACGAGUACACUCAAUGAUACCGGAAAAUAUUGAGGUGAUCUAUCAACUUGCAAGUGUUCAUGCCAAGAUGGGUGAUAACAUUACUGCUAUUGAAUGGUUUAACGUUCUAAUUACUCUGGUUCCUACUGAUCCGGGGGUUCUCUAUGACUUGGGAACAAUAUAUGCUAAAGAAAACGACGAAAGUCAAUCCUUCAACUAUUAUCUAGAGUCCUACAAAAACUAUCCUAUCAAUCUUGAUGUGAUAUCUUGGCUUGGAUUCUACUUUGUCAAAAAUGACAUUUAUGAGAAGGCUCUUGCAUAUUUCGAAAGAGCUUCAGAAAUUCAACCAAACAAAAUUGAUUGGCAAUUGAUGGUUGCAAGUUGUCACCGAAGAGUGGGCAAUUUACAGCAAGCUAAAAAGUGCUAUGAGAGAAUCCAUAACAAAGAUCCUGAAAAUUAUGAAUGUGUACAGUACUUGGAGCAAAUUUGUAGAGAUCUCAAUCUUAGAAAGGAGGAACGAAUAUACGCUGAAAAGAAGGCCAAACUGAAAAAUAGAAUGAAGGAAAAGCAAGAGGAGCAAGAAAAGCAGGAGCAAGAAGUGAAGGAGGAGAAAAAGGAAGAAAAUGAUAGGUUACAACAAGAGCUGAAGAACCAUGAAAAAACUAUUGACAUGGUCAUUGCAGCCAACAAAUCUCCUUCCAGUAAAUCGGUGAACAAACAGGCCUCUUUUGAUUCUGAUACUGAUCUGAAUGUCAAUGACAAGAGAGUUGAGAAUGAAGAUGACAUGUUAAAUGUUGAUACUGAUGACUACAUCGAGAGCCUGUAUAAUUAA